UUACGGGUUUUGAUAUUUUAUUCCGCGAGACGAAUGCUAUAAGACCAAAUUUGCGCGCGUGUUUGAUUCACCCUUUUCAAACUCCACAACAAUGGCUAACGAAGUUCAGGACAACUCCAUGGCGGCGCCGCAAGUGAAAGAACUCCAACCUUCCACCGGAGGAGAGGCAAAUGGAUCGACUGUUCACGGAACUGCUCAAACUUCCUCCAUCGGCAACGUUGCCGAGACUUCCACCGCAGUGUCCGAUGCAAAUGAGGAGAACACGCUAGCAGAUGCAGAAAAGUUUAUGGAGAAAGGAUCUGUUGCAGCCAAAGAAGGCGAUUUUGGUGAAGCAUCUGAAUGCUACAGUCGCGCCCUAGAAAUCAGGGUAGCUCAUUUUGGAGAGCUUGCUCCAGAAUGUCUCAAUGCAUAUUAUAAGUAUGGAUGUGCAUUGCUAUACAAGGCUCAAGAAGAGUCUGAUCCAUUGGGUUCAGUGCCAAAGAAAGAGGAGGGAUCUCAUCUAGUAUCUAAAGAAGAAGCUUCCACCAAGACCAAUAACGGUGAAUCCUCUAAGAAUGGUGCUUCUAGUAAUGUGGAAGAUGUAGAGAGCUCUGUUACUGAAGAAUGUGCAACAGAUGAUAAGGGUUUGGAGGAGAAAGUGGAAGGAGGCGAUGAUGAAAGUGAUAUUGAUGAUGCAGCUGAAGCAGAUGAGGAUGAAUCUGACCUAGAUUUGGCCUGGAAAAUGCUGGAUGUUGCUAGGGUAAUUUCUGAGAAACAACCAGGUCACUCAAUGGAGAAAGUGGAUAUUCUGUCUGCCCUGGCUGAAACUGCUCUUGAGAGAGAGGAUGUUGAAACUUCACUCAGAGAUUAUCUGAAUGCAUUAUCCAUUCUGGAGAAUCUAGUUGAACCAAACAGUCGCCAUUUGGCUGAACUCAACUUCAGGAUCUGUUUGUGUCUGGAAAUGGCUUCAAAACCAGAGGAAGCAAUUCCUUAUUGUGAGAAAGCUAUAUCAAUGUGCAAGUCUAGGGUGCAGAGUCUUGCGAACGAACUAAAGGCAUCAACUGCUGCUGAACCGGAACAAUCAAUCCAGCUUUCUGAUAAAGAGGCAGAAAUCGACACUCUCAAUGCCCUUUCCAUUGAGCUGGAAAAGAAGCUAGAAGAUCUUCAGCAGUUUGUUGCUAACCCUAAGUCUAUCCUUCAAGAUUUACUGCUUAUAAUAUCUGGAAAGUCAAAGGAAGCUGAAAAGAAUGCUACUGCACUAAUGAGCUCUUCAGAGGUUGGGGCUGUCGAGGGCAAUGCAAAACUAGAGUCGUCUUCUGUUUUUACUGCCAGUAAAAAUGGAGCUGCUGCUGCUGCUGCGGUAACAGACCUUGGGAAGGUGGGAAGGUCGGUCAAGAGGGUUAAUUUGAGCCCAGUUUCGACAGAAUCACAUCCUGCAAAAAAGCAAGCAGUGGAAACCAAGACCGAGGAAGGUAAGGAUUCGUGAAUCAUUUUGCUACAGACUUUAUAUUGUUGAUGCGGCAUAUUAAGUAGUACUUUCUAGUUGAAAACUUAUAUAUUAUGUCUCAACUGUUUUUUGGGCUAAUGAAUUAAGGGCUCUUGUUUCCUUUC